AGUUUUGAAAUUCGUCGGAAUUCGCGAUCCACCUACUUCUCAGCCACUCAAGUAAUCCACGUGCCGCAAUUUAAAGUUUAUUGUAGGCAUGGUGAUCGGACGGAAAGCGUGUGUGCGUACAUGUUGGUAGAAUUAGUGACCGAGAUAAACCAAGUUUGCCCUCUAUCCAACGCUGUCGUAAUCCACGCGAUACGCUUAUCGAUAACUGUUGGUUCAGGAGUUAAGGCCGACAAUUCCCGUAGCACAUGUGUCCUAUGCAUGUAAGCAUCAUAUACUAGGUCCACCAAAGUUUGCCAACAGGCGCCGCGGUGUGCACUUCGAUUAAUCCCAUCCUCCUCCCCCCACACCUAUCCAACCCAACGAAAAAAUCUAAUCUAAUCUCAUCCAUCUCCAUCUGCUUCUCUAUCUGUUUAUGUACCCACCCUGUAUUCCGAUCAAAGCAAAAGCCGACACAUUACCGCAAUGGCAUCCGGUAAGAAGCUGAUCAACGCUCCCGACGAUGUGGUUAACGAAUCUUUGUCGGGUCUUUGCCUGCUCUAUCCUCAGCUCGAAUACCAUCCUUCAAAGAGAGUCGUUUUAUCGCCAGAUUGGAAGACGCGCAGCGGUAAAGUAGCCAUAGUCAGCGGUGGAGGUGGAGGACACGAGCCAUACGCAGCAGGCUUCGUAGGAUCCGGAUUACUGACUGGUGCCAUUACGGGGCCGGUAUUCGCGUCUCCUCCGUCCAAUCAUAUUUUGCACGCCUUACAAUGUGUAUCAACAAACAACACAGCUGGAAUAUUAGUGAUUGUCCCAAAUUACACCGGGGACUGCUUGAAUUUCGGGACAGCGAUCGAGAAAGCAAGAAACAACGGCGUGUCGGUGACAGAGUUGACCGUCGGAGAGGAUUGCAGUAUACCUAUGAGCGAACUGGGGAGGACUGGACGUAGAGGUCUUGUGGGAAUGUUGUUUGUCGGUAAGGUAGCUGGUGCUCUGGCUGAACGUGGGUUAAAUCUCAGCUCGGUGGCCCAAUACGCCGAAAUAGUUACCAACAACGUGGCCACCUAUGCGGUCGGGUUAACUGCCUGCGCCCUACCAGGGCAAGGGCGAAUGUUCCACGUUCUCGACGAUGAGAUGGAAAUCGGUCUGGGGGUACAUGGUGAAGCGGGAUAUAAGCGAAUGAAACUGACGAGCGCAUCACAAGUUGUUUCACUGAUGCUGCAGCAUAUUUUGAAAACCUUGUUACUGAUCAAUGGCGAAUCUGUCGCUGUAAUUGUCAAUAAUUUUGGGGCUACAAGCCAACUGGAACAAGGAAUCGUAGUUCAUGAGGUCGUCAUGCAGCUUGGUUGUAGGGGUAUACAGCCACUACGGGUGUACGCUGGUCCAUUGAUGACAUCUCUUGACGGUGCUGGUGUACAAAUAUCAAUUUUAAGACUCGGCGAUCAUCACGGAACAAGUCUGGUGAGUUGUCUGGAUCAGGCAACCGACGCGCCUUGUUGGCCAGGCAGCGUGUACAGCGUGUCGUUGCUGUCUAGGGGGGUGCAGGGUACGUUCAAGCCUGCCAGUACCGGAGACGCAAACAAGAAAAUCGCCAAAGUUGGUCCAACUUUGAAUGAGGAGGGAGAAAAUUUACUGCGCAAAUGUCUGAAAAGGGCUUGCAUGGCGAUAACGGCGAAAGAAAAUUACAUCAAUGAAUUGGAUACCGGAUGUGGCGACGGGGAUUGCGGUACGACCAUGCGACGUCUCGCCGAAGUGCUUCGUGCGCGUUUUUGGAUUCAAGGAAUUUCGUUGUCACUGGAAAACCUGCCCCUCUCGCACCCUUCAUCGGUACUGACGGCAUUGUCGGCCAUCGCUGAAGAAACGAUGGGGGGAACUUCAGGUGCAAUUUAUUCGCUGAUGUUCACUACGGCGGCGGCUGAGUUGAAAUUACCACAAUGUGGUCAAGUUUGUCCACUAACGUGGAGUCAAGCAUGGAGAGGUGGUAUCGAUGGAAUUCUGAGAUACAGUAAGGCGAGACUGGGAGAUCGUACAAUGUUGGACGCUUUAGAUCCAGCUUGCAGAGAAUUUGAGAGUAAUGAUUUCUCCGGCGGGUUACGUAGGAAGGCUUUGGAAAAGAUUGCCAAAGCUGCCCAAGAUGGAUGUGAGGGUACAAAACAUAUGGAAGCCAGGGCAGGUCGUGCUAGUUACGUGAAGCAGACUACCUUCUUGCAAAAAGUCGACGCUGGAGCAUUUGCCGUUGCCACAUGGAUCACUGCAAUUGUCUCGACAAUGCUCGAAUCGUACGAUUAAGACUUUUUAUAACACCUGCUCUGGAAGUUGACUUUUCGAGCGCUGUAUGUCAUCUCCGAAAUACACAAUAAUCGCAUACUUGACCAUACCAUGUGUUUCAUAAACGCACAUGUUCGGUUAAGUAUCAGAUAACUGCACAGAUUCCACCUAAACUAUACUACUAUAGAAAUGUAACCACACGAGUACAGUCUGUAUUAAACUCACUCUAUCUUUGUCACUUUACCAGAAACUACUCAAACACCAUCCGAUGCCGCUACAGUAAUUUAAGUUUUAAAAUUAUUAUAUUCCUCUCAAAUUUGACUUCCAGAUCAGUUUUUGUAAAAAAUAUUGUAUUCUACGUGUGGGAUGAGUAGCAAAUAUGACAGUCGUGAUUACAACACUCGCUGUAAGGUUUAUGAGACAUUCGUAUGAGAAGACUCGUGCGGUUGUCGCAAUACGCUAUGCGUAUAAUAUACGGAGUAGUUAACAAAUAGCAAAUAAUUGGUAAGAAAUAUUGAGGGCAGUAAUAAAUAGCAAGUAGCACUA